AUGGGUGCAUUUGGGUAUACUGAGACGAUCGAGGGAGACAUAUACAUUCAAAGGUUAUCAUCUUAUAUCAGGAGAAAUGAAGAGGCUUUGGCCAACGGAUUACUCUGCUUUUCAAAAAAUAGAGGGAAAACCAAAGUGAGGCCCCUAAGAUUGAGCUUCAGCCUUCACCACUUGUACUAUAUCACUGAAAGAAUUGAUUCAUGCUCACUAGGAGUCGACGUUGGCCCACUAAAUAUUAAAUUGGACAUUCCAAAUCACGAACCAACAUUUAUUCUGUUUAUGGCUAACAAUGCCAAAAACUCUAAACAUUAUGAUAACGACACUAGGUCUAUUUCGUCGAUAAGUUCUGUGAAAUCAAUCGUGUCCAGUACUUCAGUUUACUGGAGAUCAUUUGGAUUCAAUAAAGAUCCUAAACUUACUAAUAAAGAAUUGAGAUAUCUAUAUUCCUCGUUCACAAAAAUUCCAUGUUUGAUAAUAUCUCCAAAAACGAAAGUCAGCAGCAUCACCUCAUACGAGGAGUACCCUUGUGACACCUUGGUUCCGGUUAGGAUGUUCAAGAAUUUGCAGGUGCUAGAAAUAGUUGAUUAUGAACCGAAUGAAAUAUUUGGAUGGAACACAUUGAGUGAUCAACUAAGAAUUUUGAUAAUAAAGAACUCUAAAACACAUCACAUAGAAGAAGUCUUAUUUAAUUUAGUGAUCGAUGAUGAAUCGGGAAGGUCGAGCUUCAUAUCACACAAGCAGACGAAGAAACACAAUAAUCAUUUCAACGGGGUUGAAGGGUCACCGACGCAUGAAGCUCACGAGUAUCCACAGUAUAAUAACAAUGCAUUUAAGUAUCCUGUUAGAGCGAGGGCUACUACUACAGGAACUGGAUCUCUUCCUAAGGAAUUGGAGCUUAACGAUAUUUUGGUUACUAAAAAUCCAAAGGAUUAUCAAACACUUGAUGAACGAAGAUGGUCCUUAUUAAAGCAACUAACAGUAUCUGAGACGUCUAUAACGUCAAUACCACCGUUUGUUUUUAAGCCACUAGGAAAUCUAGUGAAACUUACUUUAUCAAAUAAUCUAUUAGAAGAAUUACCUGAAGGUCUUGACCAACUUACUAAUAUUAAAUACCUCAACUUUUCAGAUAAUUAUUUGACAGAUCUCACGAAUUUACCAAAAAACCUACCCAACUUAACAACUUUAAGCUUCAACAAUAAUAAAAUAAAAGACAUACGGGGUUUGGAAGACCUUAUUUCUUUGGAGAAAAUUGAUCUCCGAAAAAACGAGUUGGUCAAAUUGAGUGAUUUGAAACCCAUUGUUUUGUUAUUUAAAAACAUUCCACACAAAUUUGAUAAUGUAUACCUCUCAGGCAACAGGUUACUGAAGACCUAUAGAACAGAUUUGUUUAAUUUAUUUAACGGCGUUAGGUUCAAAAGCCAGAUUAAGAUUGAUGAUUCGAGACCUGGUUAUUUUGAGGGUGCUUUGUUAUUAGACGCUACAUCCUCAGAGAAAGCUUUGGAUAAGUUCUUAAAAAAAACAGCGAGAUUGACCCCAAUUUCCAUAGAUACGCCUCCAAUUCUUAAUAAUAUUUCAGAUCUAAAUGGUAACUUGAAAACUCCUGAGCAUCCUGAAAACCUAACGGAACCUUUUGCAACUUACGUCACCAUUGGUCAGAAUGAAAAUUUACAACCCUCACCGACACGAAGCUUUGAUUCGUCUACUCGUACUCCAACCAAACAACCAGGGGUCUCGCUAAAUCAGGUAACAGUGAGCUCGCCUUUGAGUAACAAUCAAAAUUUCACUAACAAAUUGGAUCAAACAUCUUUGCAGUUAAAGCAUGCAACUGCCCCAGCUGGCCCGUGUAAAUUGUCGCCUUCAUCUGGACCAAGCGCUGACUCUAUGAGGAGAUCUUCUGCAUUUAAUCCUUUAGAUUCUUCAGCGGCUAGUAAGAAUGCUGCUCCAAAUAUUAUAACACAUGUGCAAGUAACUGCACGUAUGAGUACUUAG